AUGCAAGAAAUUAGGCAAAACCUUCGAACAAAACUCGAACUCCUGAGUGAAACACUUCAGCCACUGCAUGAAGCACAGAAGAAAUUGGAAUCCAAUUCUUUAACAGAUGGCACAUUUUCUAAUACAAAGAUUGUACUGCUGAACCUGUUGAUAUGUGUAGUAGUUUUCUACAUUGUGUACUAUGUGGUCCUAAGCAUUUGUUUCGCAGCCUUCAGGUUGGAAAUGUUGGACGGUUGGGCACCUUUUGAUUUUAAGACAAAUCCCUCAUGGAUUAACCCAAAUUACUUAGUUCUUCUGGUUUCACUGGAGAUAACCUACUUUAUUUGUGGACUGCUGUUUGCUCUGAUUGUGGAAGAAUGGGUUUGGGAUUAUGCUAUAACAGUUACUGCUAUUCAUAUUAUCAUAACUGCAGCUGUUAUGUCUGAAUUCCCUCUGAUGUUGCACUGGUGGAUGGCUUUAGGAUCUGGCUUAAUUUUGAUGAUUUGUGGAGGACAGGUCUUAGCAUACUGCUUGUUCAAGGACAACUUCAUUCACCCAGUCCUGGAUGAUUUUUGA